CCUUGUGACUGCUUAACUCGAACACAAUAGGAAGUGUCCUUAUCAGUGGUUUUCCGGGAGACUUUUACAAGAGGCAGAAAUUUCCUUGUUCUUCGUUGAAAGCAACGGGAUCUGCCUUUUAUCUCGUGAGACCAGCUCUACAAGAACGGCGGCAGCUGGCUGACUCACUUGGACACCUACAUGUUUCAAGGGACACGUUACUGCCUGAGGAGCGUAUAUGCAGACACACGCUCGUGGACCUGGCUCAGGCCGUCUUUCGAGGCUGACAAAUUCUCCUUCUUUGAGGACUUUUUUGAGGAGUUAUUGUAGGUAACUUGCCACUCUUUUCUCUGGACUCUGCCAAUCACAUGCCAAGAGAGGACCUAGUUUUACAGCAUAUAUAGUAUUAACAUCGUUGAUUGGUUUAGAUUUAUGUCUUUUUUAAGCUUGUGGAAUACUUUUUUGUGUAGAAUAUUUAAGUAAUUCCUCCUUUAAUACAUUACUUUUUGUUUGGUUAGUCUAAAAUCACGUGGAAGUACGGUACACAUUAAAGGAACUCAUGUACAGGAAGUGAUGACGGUGUUACACGCAUACUCAGGCAACAUAAACAGGCAAUAUACCAUUUACAACUGACCGGCAUAAUUUAUUCCAAGGAAACUCUUCGUUCACUAUGAUUAAAUAUUAACCUCAUUUGUUAGGCUUCACUUGAAUGAGGAAGCGUAAAGAAACUAAAAACCGGUGUGGUUGCUCUUGUGCUUUGAACACUUCUGACUUGCAAAGACAGAUGCCGGUUUAGAGAACUGUAAGAGAGCUUGUCAGUUUGUAGAGGUUCUCACUGAGGAAAGCAAAAAUGUCGCGGAAACUCUUCAACUACAUGUCACUUUUAACAUGCUUCAGCAUAGCAUGUUUUGUUGUGGUUUUCCUCUACGGAAAAAACUUCAAUAUUGCCCCAGUAGUAUAUCCCGUGGGGACUGAAAACAAAGGGAUAAAAGAAGACCUCCCUGUCCCGUUGGAAAAGACAACUGAAGCCACAGAAUACGACGCAGAAAAGCCAUUGGAAAGAUGCCCUGACACCCCUCCAAAUCUUGUGGGCCCUCUACUCGUGGAGUUUAAUUCUGUGCGGACCUUGGAUGGGGUGAGGAAGGAGAUCGGUCCGCCACUUCAGCUGGGAGGCCGGUACAAGCCAAAAGAAUGUAUCCCGCAUCAGAAGGUGGCAAUCAUCAUACCUUUCCGGAAUCGUCACGAGCACCUGAUCCACUGGCUUUAUUACCUCCAUCCUAUAUUAAUACGACAGCAGCAGGACUACGGCGUGUAUGUCAUCAACCAGUAUGGAGAUGGCGUGUUCAACCGGGCGAAACUGAUGAAUGUAGGAUUUGCUGAAGCAAGCAAGGACUAUGAUUAUGACUGCUUUGUUUUCUCUGACAUAGACCUGGUUCCCCUGGACGACCGCAAUCUUUACAAGUGUUUUGACAAUCCGAGACACUUGGCUGUGGCGAUGGACAAGUUUAACUUCCACCUACCCUAUAGCACCUACUUUGGUGGCGUGUCCUCACUAUCCAAGGAACAGUUCUUGAAAAUUAAUGGCUUUCCUAACACUUACUGGGGCUGGGGUGGUGAGGACGAUGAUAUCUACAGGAGAGUUGUCCACCGUAGAAUGUCCAUUUCUCGGCCCGACUCUUAUACCGGAAGGUACAGGAUGGUCAAACAUCAAAGGGACUUGCACAAUGAGCCUAAUCCAGCAAAUCCUGACAAACUAAACCGAGCGGAACGCACCAUGGACCGAGAUGGUAUUAAUUCCCUCAAAUACACGGUCAAGGAAAUUAUAAAGGAUGUACUGUACACUUACAUUACUGUGGAUGUUCAGGCUCCGAAGAGCUGAGUAAGGAUGUUCAUUAAAGACUGAAGAGAACUGAAAAAAAAAACCUGGGAGGUACUGGUGGCUGUUUGGUCAUGGUUUAUUCUUGAAAUCUCUGCGUUCGGUGGCUCUUAAUUACCCUAGGACUGCUACGUGUACUGGUGAAGGCUUAUGCAUGGAAAUGUAUGCGUAUGUGUCCAAGUGAACACACACAGAGAUUAGUUUAAGUUCUUCACAGCUGUGUAGGUGUGGAUCUACAGGCAGGCUUCUGUGGAGCUUUCCCUCCGAAUUGCCUGCCAAGAGUCAAAUAGUUUAUUAUAAUUUUUGUGAUUUAACCCUUAAAAGCCUGAACGUAUAGCUGGUGAUACGUCAAAGCACGCGGUAUUUGAAUUAAAGUGUGGCUGAACGCUGACAAGUUGUGCUUUUGUCUGGAAGACAUUCCCGACAUAUCAAGGGUAUAAUUAACUUCGUUUUUACGAACAAAUUCCUCCAAACAACUCUCUCUUCCUGGGGCUACCCGGUCUUGUAUUGCUCACCAACCUGCAGCCGACAGUAGCGGUGCGUCAUCGUUACGGUAAUGGCAACUUUUUCCCCCAGACAGCGCAACUUCAAGUGCUCAGGCACACUUUGAAUUUUGGCCAUCGGUGAGUUAUGCUAAUUCAAAUACUGCAAGCUUUUAUUUAUGCACAGGUCUUGAAGGGUUAACUCACCAAUAUCUUCUUGUUCACUGUGGCUUUUAAAUGCGAUAAGUUCACUUUGAUUUUUGUUUCAUGCAUUUGUACUUUUUGCAAUUAUUAACUGAAUGAUAUGAAGGACUGUGUGUUAAGUUAAACUAUUUAUGGCAGUGCCUUCGCAUGUGAUUUCUGUCUACAUAUCUUCAUGAGAAGAUAAACGCAUCACUCAACAAUGACUCAUGCAUACUGACGAGGUGGAAGGCAUACUUUGUAGUUUGUUAGCAAUGCUGUUAAACGAGAGAGGAGAGAGCUGGUUUAAAGAACCCAGUGUUCUGUUUUUUUUUGUUUUUUUUUUUUGUUUUUGAUUUUCUGUUUUGUUUUGUUUGUUUUUUUCUGUUUGCUCAUGGAAACAUGCAAAAAGUUGCAGGCGUUGCCACUUGAUUAAAACAACAACCUUUCAGAAUAUAUGUAUGGCCUAAAAGUUUUAUGCAACAGAUGCCUGGCUAAUCUGUUUCCUUUAUGAAGUAAGUUCCUGUGAUGGAAUGGCAUACGAGGCGGUGAAGGGAUUUUGUGCAUUGUGCUUUAUUUAUUAUUUUAUAAUUAUUUUCAGGGUUUAGUGAUACUGGUACACACUGGAGAUGCUGAUUGUGAAUAUGUAAUACAUAUGGAAUGGAAUACUGGAAAGGUACUUUUAUAAAUAUGUGGAAAAUAAAAAAUGUUUAAAGUG